AUGGAAGGGUAUGAUCAUUUCCUCAACCGACUCAGAUCCAACACAUAUGAUAUGCAACAAGAAGAGCAACUCUUCCGUAAGAAGGAAGAAGAACGAAAAAAGAAGAAGGAAAGUCCAUUUGCAAAGUUUGGACUUUCUCCUCUCUUACUCAAACAAAUCAAACGAUGUGGUUUCUAUACACCCACCCCGAUCCAACAAUCUUCCGUUCCAGUGAUUUUGCAAGGACGAGAUGUCAUUGCCAUGGCUCGGACAGGUUCAGGUAAAACAGCCUCUUAUUUAUUUCCAAUGUUUGAACGUUUGAAUUAUAAACAUUCAUCAACGGUCGGUGCAAGAGCCUUGAUUGUAGUACCAACUCGUGAAUUGGUUUUGCAGGUGAAUAAGGUGAUUUAUGAUUUUAUUGGUAAAGUCUCGGAUUUGAAGACUUGUAUGUUGUUUGGUGGUAAAUCUAUUGAGGGACAAUUUGAGAGAUUGAGUGCAAAUCCGGACAUAAUUAUUGCAACACCUGGACGUUUGUUACACAUUAUGGUAGAAACUGGACUCUCUUUAAAGAGGGUAGAAUAUGUCGUGUUCGAUGAGGCUGAUCGUUUAUUUGAAAUGGGUCUCUCUGAGCAAUUAUAUCAAAUUAUUGACAAAUUACCACAAACAAGACAAACUCUAUUGUUCUCUGCUACUUUACCAACAGCUGUUGCUGAAUUUUCGAAAGCUGGCCUCAAUCAACCUGAAUUGAUUCGAUUAGAUUCUGACAUUAAAGUGAGUGACACAAUUCGAUUGAGCAGCAUUUUCAUGAGGUCCAACGAGAAGUAUGCAGCCCUUAUUUAUUUAUUGAACAAUAUUAUCAGUAAUAGAGAGUCAACUAUCAUUUUCAUUCCAACUCGUCAUCAUGCAGAAUAUUUAUUAACAUUAUUUUCUCAUUACAAAAUUGAUGCCACAGUUGUUUAUGGUAGCAUGGAUCAACAAGCUCGUACUGAAAAUUUAGAAAAAUUCAGAAAUGGAGAAGUUAAUAUUUUACUUGUCACCGAUGUUGCUGCUCGUGGUAUCGAUAUUCCUGAAGUGAAUAACGUCAUUAAUUUUAACUUUCCUGGAAAACCAAAAUUAUUUGUUCACAGAGUUGGACGUGUUGGUCGUGCUGGUAAGAUUGGUACAGCUUAUUCCCUAGUAGGACCUGAUGAAAUUCCUUUCUUCCUUGAUUUGGAGCUUUUCCUUGGUAGAAAAUCAAAGAAUGUUGUUUUAGAAACUAUUUAUGAAGACGAUGAAACCAAGUUAGUUCCAGCAGAUUUAACAGGUAGAAACUGGAGAGACUAUAUUGAUGGAUAUUUUGGAACCAUUCCACAAUCCAUCAUUGAUCGAGAAAUUGAACAAAUUACUAAAUUUGAGAGCAUUGACCAAGCGCUGAAAACAGAAGGAGAAGUUUGCACAAGAGCCAUGCAACUUUAUAAUAGAACAAGAGGAGAACCUAGUGGUGCCUCUAUUGCACGAUCCAAAGAGUAUCUCAACCUUUCUAUUCACCCCAUGAUCAAAAUAUUUGAAGUUAUUUCCGAUGAAGAAGAAGAACAACACGACAUUUUAACACAAAUGAAAAAUUACCGACCUGGUCAAUCCAUUUUUGAAUACAAGGAAAAGGAAAAAAGCCCAGAAGCUGAAGUGAUGAGAAAAAGAAGACAAUUCCUUAAACAAGCUCAGGUAUUGAAACAAGUACGAGAUUACGCAGUAGUUACUGGAGUUGAGAGUGAUCAUGAAGUCGAGAUGAAAGAAAACAGAGAAGUAUCAACAACAUUUACGAGUCAUGACAACAAUUCACAAUCUUCCUCUGCUGCUCCAAAGACUCCCAAAACUCUCGCAGAAAAAUUAUUAAGCGAAUCUUCCAAACAAGAACGAUUUGUGAAAUUAUCCACCAUGGACACAAAUAAUUCCAAAUCCAAGAAGAAAGAAUUUAGAGAUCCCAACUUUUUCAUGGAUUACGGAAAGGAAGAGAAAACAGACUCCACGCAAGAUCACUACUCUCUAAAUGGAGCCUCAAAUAAGAAGAAGAAACCACUCACCAAUGUAGUCUCUAGUGAAUUCAAUGAAAUUACACAACUACAAAUCAAUGAUGCUGUGAUGGAUAUUGGAGGUGAAACGAGAGAUGAAUUAAAUAAGCAACAAAGAAAGAAACAAGGCAUGAUUUGGGAUAGAAAGAAGGGUAAAUAUGUGGUGGGUGUGAUGGGUGUGGAUGGUAAAGUGAGACGAGAUGACAAUAAGAAGAAUGAUGAUCUCAAAACGACAGAUGCCUAUGCCAAGUGGAAGAAGAGGACUCAUGGUCGAAUUCAACAAGUGGGUGAAGUGGAAGAAAGACAAGAUUUUGUUUCUGGAAAGCGAGGAAGAACAAAUGACAACGAAGAAGAGUACUACAAUGGUGAUUAUGAUGGAGGCGAUGAUGGUGACGAAGUCACUCUCACCAAUAAUAAAAAGAGAAAGAAGGCUCCAUGGGAAGAGAAGAAUGAAAAGAAUAAGAAGAGAAAACUAGUCAAGGAAGGAAAGGCUGGUAAAGAGGAAGUUAAGAGUGAGGCACAACUAAAGAAGAUUAGAAAAGAAAUGAAGAAGAAGCAACAACAUAACAAGGUCAAAGGUCUCAUGAAGAGACACGGAGCACAAUCUGUUCUCAAUUCCAUUCAAAGAAAGGGUAUGAUCAAGGCCCUCGAACAACGAAACGCCAUGCCAAACAGAAAUUCAAAAGGUCAAGUUCGAAUUUUCAAGCGCAGAAAGUAA